CAUCUACGGUCAUACUGCUCUUCGGGGGCGGAAAAAUAAAUAAAGAAACUAAACGGCGGCGCGAGCUAUAAAAGCGAAACGCAGCCUCAGAUUUCAAUUCAGACGCGCACAUCCAAGCGAGUGAUAGUAACUCUCGAGUUACAGUGAAACCAAGCCAAGUGAUCAAACGCAAACAACAAGUGGGAAACCAGGAGACCUGCCGGCUUCUUGCAUAACAAUUGAAUACUCAAAACAAAUCCAAACAAAAUGCAAUCCAUGGCCAGGCAAUCGGCGCGAGCCCUUCCUCAGAUGGGCAAGCAAGUAAGCUACCUGUCGACGAGCAGCGCCUGGCGUGCAGCCUCCGUGGGCGGCAACGAUAUGGUGGUGGAGAUCAAGGAACCCAAGACGACACCCUCGCAGAAGCUGAUGGCCUUUCAGAAGAAGCUACGUGCCAAGACGCCUCUGGGCAAGCUGGACGAGUUUUCGCGCCAUCCCUACCAGGAGAAGGAGCCCCUCAAGCCGUGGCCCAACCAGACGAAUCCGUACACGGGCGAGAUCGGCGGACCGUCCGGACCCGAGCCAACGCGCUAUGGCGACUGGGAGCGCAAGGGUCGUGUCUCUGAUUUCUAGUCCCCCAAAGAGUUCCUUAGCUAGUACUUAGGCUGUUAUUUAAAUGCUACCCACUAAGACUUGAAAGCGAAAAAGCAACAAAAAUGUAUACUUAUAGUGUUAAA